AUGUCAUCGGCCGUCGCCUCUCCAUUCCUCCUUCGACUCCUCCCCUCUGCCAUUUUUCGGUGGAUUCAAGGUCUUCCUGCUUCCUACUCCUCUAAUUCCUCGGACAGGAGGCUUAAUGCAGCUUCUACGGUGAUUAACUCUAAUGAUGUAUAUAUGGAGGCCUCAGCCUUCUUCGAGACCAGGUUCUCUGUUUCCCGUAGCAUCCUUGUCUACGAUUUCAUGCCCAGCGGCAGCCUCCAUAAUUACCUUUUCAACAGAGUUGAACAAUCUCUCACAUGGAAGCAAAGAUUUAACAUCAUCAAAGGCAUCGCGGCAGGGAUGCUUUAUCUACACGAGGAAUGGGAACAGGUGGUAUUUCACAGAGGCAUUAAAGCGAGCUAUGUCCUGGACGCUGAUUUCAACGGAAAGCUCGGAGAUUUCGGGCUAGCAAGGCUGCACGACCGCGGGAGCAUGGCGGAUACGACGAGUGUGGUUGGAACGCUGGGUUAUCUCGCUCCGGAGCUGUCUAGAACAUGA